AUGACUCCUUCUCGUGAAGCUCUGGUUUUGAUUCAGAAGAUGGUGAAAGUUCCUCCAGAAAAAGCAUUCUCAUUCUUCAUUUCCUCAACAUGUCAAAGCUUUCAACACACCUCCCAAUCCGUGUCGUUCAUCUUAAAUCAUCUCUUCUCCUCUGGCAUGCAAACCCAAGCUCAAUCUGUACUUGUGCGCAUAAUUUCAGGUCAAAUCUCGUCGUCUAUGUUCUCCACUUCUUCACUUAUGGACCAACUAACACAAACCCAUUUCACCUCUAGUUCAACCUGUUGUCUUCUCUAUGAAUCAAUUGUUAAUGCUUACGUUCAUUCUCAGUCCUCUGAUGAAGCUCUCCAUUUCUUGCACAAGAUGAUUCACAUGGGCCAUACUCCUAUAUCAAACACAUUCAACAAUCUUUUGAACUUGCUUAUCAGAUCAAACUGUUUUGACAAAGCAUGGUUAGUUUUCAAUGAGUUAAAGAACAAGGUUGUGCUAGAUGUUUACAGUUUUGGGAUCAUGAUCAAGGGUUGUUGUGAAGCCGGUGACCUAAUGAAAAGUUUUCAGCUUCUUGCUAUGAUGGAAGAGGCGGGUUUGUCUCCUAAUGUUGUCAUAUACACUACACUAAUUGACGGUUGUUGCAAGAACAGUGAUGUUCAUUUAGCGAAGAAGUUGUUUUUCAAGAUGGAACGAUUAAAUUUAGUUGCCAAUCAGCAUACUUACAGCGUAUUAAUAAAUGGGUUUUUCAAACAAGGCCUUCAAAAGGAAGGAUUUCAAAUGUAUGAAAACAUGAAGCAAAGUGGAAUUGUGCCUAAUGUUUAUACUUACAGUUGUGUGAUAGGUGAAUAUUGCAAUGAUGGGAACAUAGAUAAAGCUUUUAACGCGUUUGAAGAAAUGCGUGAGAAAGGUAUAGCAUGUAGUAUUAUGACAUACAACCUUCUGAUAAAUGGGUUGUGUCAAACGAAGAAGCUUGGAGAAGCAGUAAAGUUGGUUUAUCGUGUAAGCCGUAUUGGCCUAAGGCCCAACAUAUUUACAUAUAACACAUUGAUCAAAGGUUAUUGUGAUGUUGGAAAGAUCGACACUGCUGUUAGAUUAUAUAAUGAGUUGAAGUCAAACGGACUAUCGCCAACAGUUGUGACAUAUAAUACUCUGAUCGCAGGAUACUCAAAAGUUGGAAAUUUAGCUGGAGCUCUUAACGUGGUCAAGGAAAUGGAAGAGAGAAACAUUCCUCCUACCAAAGUGACAUAUACAACUCUACUCAAUGGGUUUGUAAGAAUAAAUUAUAUGGAAAAAGCAUUUGAAAUACAUUCUCUAAUGGAGAAAUCUGGUUUGGUUUCAGAUGUUUACACAUAUGGUGUACUAAUACAUGGGUUGUGUAUGAAUGGUAGCAUGAAAGAAGCAUCUAAACUGUUUAAAUCAUUGGAGGAAAUAAACUUGGAACCAAGUAGUGUCAUAUAUGAUAUAAUGAUUCAUGGUUAUUGCAGAGAAGGAAGCUCUUAUAGGGCUCUUAGGUUACUCAAAGAAAUGAUUGGGAAAGGAAUGGUUCCAAAUGUGGCAAGUUUUUGUUCAACCAUAGGUCUUCUUUGCAAGGAUGAAAAAUUGAAGGAAGCUGAGAUUGUUUUACAACAUAUGGUAAAUUUGGGACUAAAGCCAUCAAUAUCAUUGUACAAUAUGGUUCACAAAGACAAAAGUGAUGUGUUGGAUGUUGGUCUUGAAAGUGUAAUAUAA